CCUUUACUUCUCCUUCACAUCUCCUGUUCAUGAUUCAAGGACUUUCUUUUCCGCCUAGAGGUGAACACUCAGGCCUUCAGCACCAUGAGAGUGGUCCUGCUUUUGAGCAUGCUGGCUCUUGGAGCUGCCUCCAUUUGGGCCAUAGCUGUGGAACCUUCCAUCAGCACCAUGGUGAAACAGACCUUGACGUUGCUGUCCACUCACCGAGCUCUGCUGACAAGGAAUGAGACGGUGAGGAUUCCUGUUCCUACACAUAAAAAUCACCAGCUGUGCAUUGGAGAAAUCUUCCGGGGAAUAGACACUCUGAGGAAUCAAACUGCCCAUGGGAGUGCUGUGGAAAAGCUAUUUCAAAACUUGUCAUUAAUAAAGAGAUACAUCAGCCACCAGAAAGAAAAGUGUGGCGAGGAGAGACGAAGGGCGAGGCAGUUCCUCGAUUACCUGCAGGAGUUUCUUGGUGUGCUGAAUACUGAAUGGACCUUGGAAGACUGAGACUGAGCUGGAUGAGUGAAGACAGGACUUCAGCUUUUAUUUUAAAUUAGUUUUUAAACGGAUGCAUAAAACCACAAAAUUAUCCAA